AUGACUUCCCAUGACAUUGAGAAAGGUGUUGCUUUUCAGCAACGCAACCGUGGUUUCCGAAGCCUCUGGUUUUUAGUUUUAGUUUUAAUUGGAAUCGGUAUACAUAUGCGUUCCGAGAUUCAGCAGUUGCUCCCCGCAACAGGUUAUGCCAAACUGGAUGCAAUAUUCACGCCUUACUGCAGGGACUACGAUGCGGUUGCGCCAAAGGUCGGCGCGCAUUACUUCUCCAAGAUAGAGACCAUGUUGCAUGAUGACAGCUUCAAGAAUGCCACUGCCGAAAAACUCGCUGGAGCAGUCCGCAUUCCUACUCAAAUUGGAGACGAUGUGCCCAAUCCUAAGGAGGACCCUGAUUUUUUUGCCAAGUUCUUCGAACUACACGAGUAUCUCAAGCAAACAUAUCCUCUUGUCCAUGAGAAUUUGAAGCUUGAAAAGGUUAACGAUGUCGCACUGCUGUAUACUUGGGAGGGAUCCGAUCAGGAAUUGAAACCUGCAAUGUUUAUGGCUCACCAGGACGUGGUGCUUGUGAAUGAAGAUACGAUUGAUCAGUGGACAUAUCCACCUUACUCUGGUUACUUUGAUGGAGAGAAAGUUUGGGGCAGAGGUUCAUCAGAUUGUAAGACUUUACUUACUGCUGAGCUUGUAGCUAUUGAAGAGCUCAUCAGAGAUGGUUUUACCCCACGCCGUACAAUUCUGUUGGCAUUUGGAUUUGACGAAGAAUCCUCUGGAGAGAAAGGUGCAUUGGAGCUCUCGAAGUUCAUUGAAAAAAGAUACGGCGCAGAUAGCAUCUUUAGCAUUCUUGAUGAGGGAAUGGGUGUCUUUGAAAUUGAGAAAGAUUUGUUUGUAGCAACGCCAGUCGUGAGAGAAAAAGGUUUCCUCAAUGUGCAAAUUGAUAUUCAGGGCCCUGGAGGUCAUUCGUCUUUACCACCAAGUCACACUAAUGUUGGUAUCCUCAGUGAGCUGGUUUAUCGCUUGGAAAACGAUCCUUUUGAAUACAACAUUGAGAAUACUCACCCUUUCAUGUCUUUCUUUCAGUGCGUUGCGGAUCAUAGCAAAAGCUUAAAUCCUACAUUCAGGAAAUCCAUUAAAAAGGCCCCAUUCAGUGAGAAGUACAAAAAGGAGUUUAUUGGCUUCGUGGAGGCAACCGAUCCGAUGAUGGCAUUCACUUUCAAGACGUCGCAGGCGAUAGAUGUCCUCAAUAGCGGUAUCAAAGUGAACGCGUUGCCAGAAACCGGACGCUUGUUAAUCAAUUAUAGAAUUGACUUCAGUAGCAAUGUCGAUGAGGUUAUUAACAAGAUAAAGAAACACGCAUGUGUAGUCGCGGAAAAGUAUACCUACUCAGUGGAUGUUGCUGGCGAAGCAGUCUUAAGUCCUCAACAAGCCGUUGGUUCGCUAAAUAUCUUGCCUCUUACCCCAAGAAAUCCAUCCCCUGCAUCUCCAGACUACCGAGAUGACGAUGUCGUUUGGGAGUUACUGGCCACCACGGUAAAGGAUUUCUUCCAAAAUAGGGUGUUCGUGGAGAACAACAGUACGCAAGUUUACCUGGCUCCUGGUACAAUGACACCAAAUACCGAUACUAGGCAUAUGUGGAAUUUGACAAAUCACAUUUACCGUUUCCAAGGUGCUGUACUACCUAAGGAUGGACUGAAGGUGGCACAUUCGGUCAAUGAAUAUGGACUAAUGUCAACUGUACUUCAGUCAGCUGCCUUCAUGUAUGAGUAUAUACUGGGUGCAGACGCACUAGAUAGCUGA